GAGGGCGGGCGGGGUCCUCGGCUAGAAGCGAGCCGGCGGCCUGUGGGGACUGACUGAGCAGCGCACCCGGGAACCUGGAGGUGCGGUAGAGCAAGCGGGCCCUGAGCUGACAGAUCCAGGGCUUGGCCAGGACUGUGGACGAGCGGAUCGGCGAGUGCAGGGCGCAGCCAUGAUCACUUCAGCCGCUGGAAUAAUUUCUCUUCUGGAUGAAGAAGAACCACAGCUUAAGGAAUUUGCACUACACAAAUUGAAUGCAGUUGUGAAUGACUUCUGGGCAGAAAUUUCUGAGUCUGUAGACAAAAUAGAAGUUUUAUAUGAAGAUGAAGGUUUCCGGAGUCGGCAAUUUGCAGCCUUGGUGGCAUCAAAAGUAUUUUAUCACUUGGGGGCUUUUGAGGAGUCUCUGAAUUAUGCUCUUGGAGCAGGUGACCUCUUCAAUGUCAAUGAUAAUUCUGAAUAUGUGGAGACUAUUAUAGCAAAAUGCAUUGAUCAUUAUACCAAACAGUGUGUGGAAAAUGCAGAUUUGCCUGAAGGAGAAAAAAAGCCAAUUGACCAGAGAUUGGAAGGCAUCGUGAAUAAAAUGUUCCAGCGAUGUCUCGAUGAUCACAAAUAUAAGCAAGCAAUUGGCAUUGCUCUGGAGACCAGGAGACUAGAUGUCUUUGAGAAGACUAUACUGGAAUCUAAUGAUGUCCCAGGAAUGCUAGCUUACAGCCUCAAACUCUGCAUGUCUUUAAUGCAGAAUAAGCAGUUUCGGAAUAAAGUAUUGAGAGUCCUGGUUAAAAUCUACAUGAACUUGGAAAAACCUGAUUUCAUCAAUGUUUGUCAGUGCUUAAUUUUCUUAGAUGAUCCCCAGGCCGUGAGUGAUAUUUUAGAGAAGCUGGUGAAGGAAGACAACCUGCUGAUGGCCUAUCAGAUUUGUUUUGAUUUGUAUGAAAGUGCUAGUCAGCAGUUUUUGUCAUCUGUAAUCCAGAAUCUUCGAACUGUUGGUACCCCUAUUGCUUCUGUUCCUGGAUCUACCAAUACGGGUACUGUGCCAGGAUCGGAGAAAGACAGUGACCCCAUGGAGACGGAGGAGAAGACAGCCAGCACAGUGGCCGGGAAGACACCAGACGCGAGUCCAGAGCCCAAGGACCAGACUCUGAAAAUGAUUAAAAUUUUAAGUGGUGAAAUGGCUAUUGAAUUACACCUGCAGUUCCUAAUACGAAAUAAUAACACAGACCUCAUGAUUCUGAAAAACACAAAGGAUGCAGUACGAAAUUCUGUAUGUCAUACAGCAACUGUAAUAGCAAACUCAUUCAUGCACUGUGGUACAACCAGUGACCAGUUUCUUAGAGAUAACUUGGAAUGGUUAGCCAGGGCCACAAACUGGGCCAAAUUUACUGCAACUGCCAGCUUGGGUGUAAUCCAUAAGGGCCAUGAGAAGGAAGCACUACAGUUAAUGGCAACAUACCUUCCUAAGGACACUUCUCCAGGAUCAGCCUAUCAGGAAGGUGGAGGUCUCUAUGCAUUGGGUCUCAUUCAUGCCAAUCAUGGUGGUGACAUAAUUGACUAUCUUCUUAAUCAGCUCAAGAAUGCUAGCAAUGAUAUUGUUAGACAUGGAGGCAGCCUGGGCCUUGGUUUGGCUGCAAUGGGAACUGCACGUCAGGAUGUGUAUGAUUUGCUGAAAACAAACCUGUAUCAGGAUGAUGCUGUGACAGGGGAGGCAGCUGGCCUGGCCUUAGGUUUGGUUAUGUUAGGUUCUAAAAACGCCCAGGCGAUUGAGGAUAUGGUUGGCUAUGCACAAGAAACUCAACACGAGAAGAUUCUGCGUGGUCUAGCAGUUGGCAUUGCGUUGGUGAUGUACGGGAGGAUGGAGGAGGCUGAUGCUCUCAUUGAGUCUCUCUGCCGUGACAAGGACCCAAUUCUUAGAAGAUCUGGAAUGUAUACUGUAGCCAUGGCUUAUUGUGGCUCUGGUAACAACAAAGCUAUUCGACGCCUGCUACAUGUUGCUGUAAGUGAUGUCAACGAUGAUGUCAGGAGAGCAGCAGUGGAGUCACUCGGCUUCAUCUUGUUCAGGACGCCCGAACAGUGUCCAAGUGUGGUUUCUUUGUUGUCAGAGAGUUAUAACCCUCAUGUGCGCUAUGGAGCUGCAAUGGCCCUGGGAAUCUGCUGUGCUGGUACAGGAAACAAGGAAGCAAUUAAUUUACUAGAGCCAAUGACCAACGACCCUGUGAACUACGUGAGGCAAGGGGCUCUGAUAGCUUCAGCUCUCAUCAUGAUCCAACAGACUGAAAUCACGUGUCCAAAGGUGAAUCAGUUCCGGCAGCUGUAUUCCAAAGUCAUCAAUGACAAGCAUGAUGAUGUCAUGGCCAAAUUUGGCGCUAUUCUGGCCCAAGGCAUACUGGAUGCAGGUGGUCAUAAUGUCACAAUCUCCUUACAGUCCAGGACUGGGCAUACUCAUAUGCCUUCUGUGGUUGGCGUCCUUGUCUUUACCCAGUUCUGGUUCUGGUUUCCCCUUUCACACUUCCUGUCAUUGGCUUAUACUCCUACCUGUGUCAUUGGCCUUAACAAGGAUUUAAAGAUGCCGAAGGUUCAAUAUAAAUCAAAUUGUAAACCAUCCACAUUUGCUUAUCCUGCCCCUCUGGAAGUACCAAAAGAAAAAGAAAAGGAAAAGGUUUCCACCGCUGUGUUGUCUAUUACUGCCAAAGCUAAAAAAAAAGAAAAAGAAAAAGAAAAAAAGGAGGAGGAGAAGAUGGAGGUGGAUGAAGCAGAGAAGAAGGAAGAGAAAGAGAAGAAAAAAGAACCUGAACCAAACUUCCAGCUGUUGGAUAAUCCAGCACGAGUUAUGCCUGCCCAGCUGAAGGUCUUAAGUAUGACAGAGACCUGCAGAUACCAGCCUUUCAAACCACUCUCCAUUGGGGGCAUAAUAAUUCUGAAAGACACCAGCGAAGACAUUGAAGAACUCGUGGAACCUGUGGCAGCACAUGGCCCAAAAAUUGAGGAGGAAGAGCAAGAGCCAGAGCCCCCAGAGCCAUUUGAGUAUAUUGAUGACUAAGGGCCAGGGACCUCGCCUGCUCAGCUGGAGAUGACUGUCCUGGUGCACACUGAAACAUCCUGAGGGAACCCACACUGAGACCUGCUCGGUCCACGCCAUUGCCUACGCUGACAUAAAGAACCUGUGUCCCGAGUCUUUGGUUGAGAAGAAGAUAUACGACUGUUCAGUGUUCUCUUUCACAGAAUUUGGUUUUCAAAUAAAUAUAUUAAAAUCUCCACAUUGACAAGACUUUA